AUGUCGCGCGGCGAGUACCGCGGCAAUUACCAAAGAGACGACGAGAAGAACAAGAACAACGGCGAGAGAUACCAUCGCACUUCCAGAAACAAUAACACGAAUAACGGUGGCGGUGGAUACAGAAACAACAACAACAACAACAACAACAACAACAACGGGGGAAAUUGGCAUCGAAACACCACCACCAAGCGAGGGAGAAGUCCCGAGCGAGAGGCACAGUUCCCGCAUCGAGAGGUCCACGAGAGGGAGAAAACGACGACGACGACGAGUGGUGGUGGUAGCCGUGAUGCUGCGACUGUUUUUCAAGAUAAUCCGUUCAAUCGAAGCGCAUCUUCAUCUCAAGCGCAGCAACCGCUUUCGGUGGAAGAACUGUUGCAGAAGAAACGAGAGAAGGAACUCGCGGAGACGAAGCCGACAUUUUUGACGAAGAAGGAACGAGAGAAGCUGGCGAUGGAGCGGUUGAAAGAGAAACGACGAGAGGAAGGAGGAGGAGGCGAUGGUGGUACGGUGGCGACAGCGCAUCAUCACGCGUCGUCGUCGUCGAGAUUUGCUCGCGCGACGUCCGCGCGGGACGUGGCGGAGAGACAGUACCAGCGAGACAAAAGCGAGCAAUCGGAAAGAGAAAGACAGGAACAGUUGGAGCAGUUUCGGAAGCAGUACGCCGGGGUGAGAGACGAAACCGAGAAGAUGAAGAAGAUGAAGCAGAAAGCGGAACGGGCAAAAUAUAAGUUUCAAUUCGAUUGGAGUAAAGAGGACGAUACUUCGCGAGACGCGAAUCCUUUGUACGACGCCAAGCACGACGUGAAGUUGUUGUUCGGGAGAGGAACGAUCGCUGGAGUAGACGCGAGGAUGCAAAUGGAGCAAAAUCACAAGUUUGAGAACUCUGUUGGGAAGAGGAGAGGGGGAAAUACUGUGAAUAACAAUAGAAGUAGAAGUUACGACGCCGCCGGCGAUGAAAACGCGCGCAGAAUCGAUAAGCAUUCGAAAGCGCUCGAGAAAUACGAUAAUCAAUACGACAAGAAGAAGGAAACCACCCAUUGGAGUUCGAAACCGUUAGCACAAAUGAACGAACGCGAUUGGCGAAUCUUUCGGGAAGAUUUUAACAUCACGUUCAAAGGCGGGAAAGUGCCGAACCCGAUGCGCGCGUGGAGCGAGAACGAGCUUUUGCCGCAGGAAAUUUUACGCGCGAUUGAGAAAGUUGGGUAUACAAAACCUUCGCCGAUUCAAAUGGCGUCGAUUCCUAUCGGGUUGUUGAAGCGAGACGUCAUUGGCGUUGCGGAAACCGGGUCCGGUAAAACGUGCGCGUUUGUUGUCCCCAUGUUGGCGCACAUCAUGGGUUUGCCAAAAAUGACCGACGAGGUCGCCGCGGAUGGUCCGUAUGCGUUAGUUAUGGCCCCAACGAGAGAACUCGCGCAACAAAUCGAAGAAGAAACGUUAAAAUUCGCACAUUUCUUGGGAUAUCGCGUCGCGUGCGUCGUCGGCGGUCAAUCUAUCGAAGACCAAGGCGUGCAAUUGCGCAAAGGCGUCGAGAUUGUCGUCGGUACGCCCGGUAGAAUUAUCGACGUCAUAGAGAAGAGAUACACCGUUCUCAAUCAGUGCAACUACAUCGUUCUCGAUGAGGCGGAUAGAAUGAUUGAUAUGGGCUUCGAACCGCAGGUGACGCAAGUCAUGGAAGCUAUGCCGAGCUCGAAUUUGAAACCGAUCGAUAUGGCGGAAGAGUUGGACAACAAGGCGAUUGACAAUAAACAAUCGAUUGAAACGUCUGCGAGGUACAGAACGACGUACAUGUUCUCCGCCACCAUGCCUCCAUCCGUGGAACGAUUAGCGCGCACGUAUCUUCGCAACCCCGCGGUCGUGACCAUCGGCUCCGCUGGGAAAACCUCCGAUCUGAUCAAACAAACCGUCAUCUGGGUCAACCGAUCGGAAAAAGAGCGCACGCUCGAACAAAUCCUCUCCCAACACACGCAAACGCAAGCGAUCGUUUUCGUCAACACCAAAAGAGGCGUGGAUUCGUGCGUCACAGCCUGUCACUCCAUGGGCUAUUCCUGCGGCUCCAUUCACGGCGGCAAAGGCCAAGACGCGCGAGAAGCCGCGUUAACUGGAUUCAAACGCGGCGACUUUGACAUAUUAGUCGCCACCGACGUCGCCGGUCGCGGUAUUGACGUCAAAGGCAUCGAUUUAGUCGUCAAUUACGAGUUACCGGCGUCGAUUGAAAACUACACGCACAGAAUUGGCCGUACCGGUAGAGCUGGAAGGAAAGGGACCGCGGUAUCCUUCAUCACCAGCGAAGACCAAGACAUCAUGUACGACUUGCGCCAACUCCUCAUCGAGAGCAACAACGAAGUACCUCCCGAGUUGGAACGGCAAAAAGCGGCCAAAGUCAAGCCGCAAAGAGACGCGCAAGGGAGAGUGUUGGAAGGAAGAGACGCCAGAGGGAUGGACUCGAUUAUAUUUUAA